AUGUUCGAUCACAGUGGGGGUCGAGUGACAGUGACUGGUGAAGGCGAUAGUGGCAUGGAAAACAUAGUGAGCCUGGAUACUGAGGCUUUAGGACUUUUAAGUUGGCUUGCAUCUUCUCAAGCUGAAGAAGAAACGGAUACUGGUGAUGAACUGCUUCAUGAAGCUAUCCUUAGUCCUUUAUUUCCUGGAAAAUCUUUCUCAAUGGCUCUUGAGUUAGCUCAUAGGGAUUAUGAGCAUGCUUCUCAGCUAGAAUGCCAGGAUAUCCUUGAUUCAGUUGAAGACAUUCUCAUGUCUGAGAAGCCCAAGGAACAGGAAUUUUUGGAUGCUGUCUCAUGUGGUUCUUUUAUUCCUCAAGUUGAUGGGUCCUUUGAUGACAAUUGGAAUACUCCACAGAAAGGGAAUACUUCCGGUGAAAAUACGUCUCGUGGAGAAGAAAAGGCUGUUGCUCAAAUUGGAGGAAUGUGCCAAAGGGUUGGUAAUAAAAGCAAAGAAAAAAAUAUCUGGGGCAAUUUACCUUUUUCUGUCAGUAAAAAUGAACAUGAAGCUUCUAAGACUUGCUAUGUUGCUUCUUCUCCAUGUAAUGAGAUGAUAAAUGAUGGCUUCAACAAUCCUCCAUUUUAUGAUAAAGAAGGCAACCAGUAUGAGGGAUUCAAAGACAAAAUUGUUCUGGAAAAAUGUGAGAAGGGUGGAAAGACAACAGCUAUGUGCUCUAUAAGAGAUCUAAUGAGGAAAAAACGAUUUCUCCGGGUUGAACAAGCUGAACCUGAGAUUCGAAUGAAUGAAGGCAUGGUGCAUGGUCAAAAGGAAGAAUUAUCACCAACUACAUCUGUGAGAGAAGGCCUUCACUUUGAUUUUGAGGAGCCUUCCAUCGGGCAAUCUGCUACUCAUCAAAAUGUACAAGGAAGAUUAGCUUGCUCCAACAUUGCAUCUUCAGAUGUUCAAGGAACAGAAUGUUUUGAACAUCAAUCAAGUAUUUGUCAUACUCAUACAGCUCGGAAGGCAGCUCCACCAGGCACAAUGAAAUGUAGAUCGAACCAUGAGGAGGAUUCUGCUGGAAAUGCUUCUUUGAAAUCUCGUAAGAAUGAAAACUGGAAUUCGGAAAAUAUUGCAAACAAGCAUGCCAGUAACCCUGAAAGUGUUAGUGCUCAAGAUGCGCUCCUUCUUGACAAAGCCAAUAAUUGUUACCAGCAGUCAACUCCACAUGAUGAGAAUAAUAGGGAUUUCUGUAAGGCAAAAAAUUUUCUUGAAGUUGUUGAUAUGACUUUUAUCAACAAACCCCCAUCUAAUAACCAUACUCAUGGUUCAGAGGGAUCACUACCUGCUGGCCAAGCUAGUGGGAAAAUAGAUAAGAGGCAAGGAAUGGAGAAUAUGAUUCCUUUUUUCACUAGGAUCCCUCCGGUUGUGAAUUUGCAAGAUGAGAAUGUUAUUUUUAGUCGGGAUUCUUCCCUCGGCAUUCCAACUCACUUUCAGAAUGAUGGAUCAGUUUUAUAUUUGCUGACUCACGCUCUGUCACCACCAGCAUUGAAAACUGUUUACAAUUGGCUUUCAAGAGGAAAGCAGCAUUGCUUUCUAGAAGCCACAGGUGCAACUAAUGAAGGCUUAAGUUCAUACUGUGAUGGAGUGUUGAAUGAAGGAACUUCUUGUCAAACUUCACCUUCUCCUUCAGCUAUUGGUUGGUCACAGAAUGACUCAUCCCAAUCAAACAAAGAAAAAUCCUCCCCAAAAACUGAAAAAUUUGAUUCUAAUAUUGGUCAUGUUUCCAGUGAGCCAAUAUGGGAUAACAUUCUUGCAAAAGAGAAAAUUAUUAAUGAAGAUAUGCAUGAUUUCUCUCAAAUUUCAGGUCCUGAGAAGUAUGAAAAUUCAAAUACUACACCUGUUAGUCAAAUUGGUUUCCGGGAUCCUGCUAGUUUCGGUGGUGGACAGCAAUUAACACUGAUAAGCAUGGAGAUCCAGGCAGAAUCAAGGGGUAAUCUUAGGCCUGACCCAAAAUUUGAUGCUAUUAAUGUCUUGUCUCUGGUUGUUCAAGAAGAUACAAACAAUGAUUGUCAAGUUUAUGUCCUUUUACGUGUUCUAGAUGAUAAACUGGGUGAAAGAAGGCCGAUUCAAAUACUUGUGCUAAGUUUGUCUUUACAGUUAGGCAUUGUAUUGGUAGAUAUUUUUUAA